AUGGACGCCCAUCGCCUCGAGAAUCGGGUAACCGGUGUCCGCAAGGCCAAGAGCCUGCAGAUGGACCCCGAGCCGCUCAGAAAGGCGGCAGAUCGGCUGAAGUCGCAGGUCGAUGCCGGACGCCUUCCUGGUGUGAUGACUUGCGCCGUCAAGGAGGGCCAUGUCAUCCACUUUGAGGCCCACGGCUUCGCAGAUCUGGCGGGGGGGGUUGCCCUGAGCUCCCAGACGCUGUUCCGGCUCUACUCCCAGACGAAGCCCAUCCUAGUUGUCGGCUUCCUGAUCCUCUUCGAGCGCGGCGCGGUGUCGCUCGACGACCCCGUUGAGAAGUACCUGCCCGAGUUCAAGGGUGCCUCAGUCGGGCCGAAGAGGAAGCCCCUGCUGCGGCCCAUGCUCGUCCGAGACUUGCUUGCCCACACCAGCGGCAUUGGGUUCGGCCCGGGCUUCGGCUACGAGGCAGAGAACGACUACGAAUCGACCUACCUACCUUUAGUGGCAAAGGUGGACGCUGGAGAGAUUCUUUCUCUGGCUGAAUGGUGUGAAGAGCUUGCUAAGAUACCGCUGCGGUUUCAGCCUGGCAAAGACUGGGGAUAUGGCUACAGCUCCGACGUCUUGGGAAGGCUCAUCGAAGUGCUCACGAAGAAGCGGCUGGAUGACUUUCUGAAGGAGGAGGUCUUGGAACCUCUAGGGAUGGUCAACACUUUCUUCGCAGUGCCAGCGGAAAGCUCGUCAAAGCUUGCAGCGCUCUACAAGAGGGAGCCUUGGCACGGAAAAGCGACAACCGUCCGAUUCGUCACUUCGGAUGUUGGCGGCAGUGGCAUUGUGGAAGACCUUUCCCGGAACGUGCUGGCCAGGCCUGAAAAGGACAAGUCGUCAGUGCUGGCGACGUCCACCUCCGUUUUCCUGCAGGGCGGGCCCGCGUCGAAGGUCAUCCAGGGCGGCGGCUGCAUCUGCAGUGUGGCAGGCGGGCUUGUGAGCAACCUCGGUGAUUGUUCGCGAUUCUUCCAAAUGGUGGUCAACGAUGGUGAGCUGGACGGCGUACGACUCCUUCAAGCUGAGAGUGUGCAGCUGCUCGCCCGAGACUGGUUGAAUGAUUUCACCACGGAGAAGCGCAGGCGCCCCCUGUGGGUCUGGAACACACCGGGCAUUGGCUUCUCUCCGCUGGGCCAGAUCGGGGUGGAGUUCGAGGGUGCCAGCCGCCGAACGGUUGGGUCGCAGCUGCACACAGUUCACUGGGGCGGUGCUGGGGGCUCCGGCUACAUGCUCAACUGGCCCCAUCGCUUGGUCGUCCUGACCUACAGCGGGGUUGUCUUUGAUACGGACACCCAGAAGACGAUGUGGCGAGCUGCCUUUGGCUCCCUGCGGAGAGGAGGUGCGAAGCCGGUAGUUCCAGUUCCUCCAGUCGAGGAGAAGGACAACGCAACUCCCGCCAAAAAGCGCAGAGUCUCGCGGUGA